UUGCUCUCCAGGUGUAGACCAGACCAACUUGUGCGCGUGACUGUCCUGUCAUCAUUUCAAAACACAGAAGAGUCCAAACUGAGAGUUUAAAGUUUAGUUUAUUAGUGGGGAAAAUGUCUGAUACAAACUUAUAAGAAGGUUUUUGUGUGGACAGAAGCUGUUAUCCAUGCAGUAACUCUGUUUAAAUCCUGUUUGGAGGGAAAAGUGACCUGCCCAGUCUGGAAAUGAUGAACAGGAAUAAGCAGAUUGAUAUCAAAGCUGCUCUGGCUCUGGCUGGCACCUUCAGCUUCUUGAUGUCCUGUGCCAAAGCCUGCCUGCUUCCCUUCCUCACCCUCUACUUCAGGCAGCUGGGCCUCACACCUGCAAUGACCGGCCUUAUCAUGGUAGCUAAGCACCUCAUAUCGCUGAUCUGGAGCCCGUUGGCAAGCCUGCUGUCCAAACACUACAACAAGAGGCGACUGGUGAUUAACAGCUCUCUCGUUUGUUCAGCAGCUGUUGCUCUGGUCAUGCUUCUUAUUCCCCCUAUAGAUGUGCACAUACAGAGCAGCUACUGUAACACCACUGGUGUGAGCACAGCUGGUAAGCUGCUCGGAAUGAAUGCUUCUUCACCUGGAAAAGUCAACACUCCUCCACAUAACGUUGGACCCAGCAACACUUCACUUUAUCUGCCUGACAGUGUAACGUCUCACCCCAGCCUGUCACAAAACAAUCAAUCUGUGGUGCUCAGCAACAGUCUUGAGCUGCAAAACAGUACUGUCAUGGAUGCAAACAAAAACAUUCCUUUAACUCAAGUGAGGAAUAAGAGGUCCAAGACCAACUCUAAAAACCACCAAAAGCCAAGAGACGCAGUGAAGCAGGAGGGACGUUCUAAAUCCAUGGGUGGCCUGAAUCCGAUGGACGAUCUACACCAACUGUUGUUCUUGAUGCUGAUUGUUGUGGCAGUAUGGCAGUUUGUGUCCGCCCCUCUGGAGUGGACAGCAGAUGACGGUCUGUAUGAGUAUCUGGAUUUUGUGGAUGCUUCAGACCGAUACAGCAGUACCACUGUGUGGCGAUUACUUGGGUCAGCGAUUGGAGUUGGCGCCGUGGGAUCACUAGUCAGCCAGUUCAACUGUUUUAUCUUCGGUCACACCAGCAGGAGCGCCAUGCAUUUUUUCUGUUAUGCUGGACUGACAGCUGUGACGCUGCCUGUGGCUGCUGUCCAACCUCUUUAUGUAAACAAGAAGCAAGACCGGGCCAGCGGGCUCCUUAAAGCCAUGCAGCUGGUGCGUGGAUCCCCCCAUGCUCUGCUGUGUGCAUUCACUACCCUCCUGGUUGGGGUAGCAGGCUCAGCUGUAAAUAACUUCCUCCUCUGGCAGAUGCAGGAUGGUGGGAGCAGUGAGAUGCACAUGGGGCUGGCUCUGGCCCUCGCACUGCUCUCGCAGGCAACCUUUCCUCUGCUGGUUAGUCAAGUGUCCAAACUCCUCAGCCCAAAGAAGAUCCUGGUGGUGGGUGCUGCAACUCUCAGCAUGCAGUGCUUUUAUUACUCUUUUCUUUGGGGGCCGUGGGCCGUUCUGCCUGCACAGUUGUUGAGCUGCUUCAGCAGUGGAGCCCUCUGGUGGGCUGUGAAGAUCCAGUGCGACGAUGUUGCCACACCAGGAGCUGAACAGAGUGUGAGUAGGAUCUACAGUGCUCUUUUGCUUGACCUGGGAAGUGGACUAGGGAGUCUUGCUGGGGGGUUUGUCGUGCAGAGGUUUGGCCUGACGUGGCUGUUCAGAGGAGCAGCAGUGGGUUUGAUGGUCUGGUGUUUGUGCCUCCCUCUGCUGCAGUGGAAAGCCCCUCACCAGCGACGGAUUAACUAUUCUCGUCUGUUGGCGGCUGACGCAAGUGAGGCCAGUGACUCCGAGUCUGAGCAGGAAAGAGACUGGCUUGACAAAGCAAUGGACAACAACAACAGUAGUAACUUUGGAAAGAGGAUAAAGCACUGAAAUCUGCCAAAUGGCAGCAAAACAUUGUAGGAUUAUCUGCACAUAAUGAGCAUUAUGUGAUCAGUAACACCCCAGCAGGUUUGCACUUACUUUUGCACUGUUUGUAACAGCCCAAAGGAGGUAAUAGAUUUGUACCCCGAGAGAUGUAAUUAAAAUCGAAACUGACAUUAUUACUGCUCACAUUCUUGGAGAAAAAAUGUUUUUCUUCACGUGUGUGUGUGUAUGACUGACUUGGUGUACAUAAUAAAGAAAGGUUGCACAUAUUCUCAGGGCAUUUAAUAGACAGAUAAUAUUGUGAAGGAGUUCAUAAAUGGAAAUUGUAUGUAGAUCAUUGUCUGUUUAUUCCAAGAGAGUUAAUUUCCAGAUGGCACCUAGUUGAUGCAACUUAUUCCCACACGAAUGAAACUUUGUGCCGUCCUUUCUGUUUAGUUUGACUCUGCAGCCAGUCAGAGGUGUUAUCGCCACUGAAUGAAUUUAUUAAUUUGUCUCUGAUCCUCCUAAGCUCUUACAAACGUAUUUGCAUAUCUGUUUUUCAUAACACAGUAGGAUUAGACUAUACAUACACUAGGUGAGCCCAGAAUGCACCAGCAUCCUGUUUGAUCACAUCCAGACAGCCUUCAUAUUUAAUGACUACACAGCCAGUCAGCAACACUGCAGUAAUAACCCGGUGCUUGUUUUGUUGCACAGAUGAAUGCAAAAGGUUUUGAGGAUGUCUGGGAACAGUUUGCUAACCUGCAUUUCUCUAUGCAGACAUGCUAAACAGACCUCAUGAUGAAUGUUCUAUUUUGAUGUGUUGUAAACAUUCUGCUUACUGCAGAUGUAAAAGCACAUUAAUAUCUGGAUAAAGUUGAUCAUUCUUAUAAAUAAUAUUUAUGUACUGAAGAUGAAUUUCUUAAUUUUUCUGAUGGGAUUCUUGGUUCUGUACAUGUAAUUUUUGUACACUCAGGAUUUUUGCGUCUUUUAAUAAUGUGGACAUAUUUCCAGAUUAGAUAUUUUCUGUGCAUAUAAUAAUAUCAGUAACAUUUCUGAUGCAGCCAGUGCUUGCAUAGUAGUUUUCCUCUAAAAUGGUGAAGUUGUAUGAAGUAAUAAAACAGAAAUUUGAAUUUCACUUGUGAGAUGCCAUAUUAUGUUUUCUGUUUAAACCUGUUUUUAUAUCAGUGGUGCAUCAUCUAUGUUCAAACUACUGAUUUGAGUACUGUGUCUUAACAUUUUUGUAACACUUGGUUUGUGACUUAUAGCUUUAAAUGCUAUACAUCAUUAUGGUGUAGCUGUGUUGUCAUUGUUGGCUGUUUACAACAAAUAAA